CCUUGUGAUCUGUGCAGCUGUCACUGUCAGAAGGAAACACGAGGUUGAAGCUGAACAGUAAUGAAGCUGCUGCUGCCGGCGGACGGAGGAAACGAGCGACUGUGAGCAUCGGCCGAUGUUUGCUGGAGAUGGAGGAGGAUGUUGUCAGUGUUGUCCCUGAAGAUGAGGGGAAAGACAAGUUCAAGAAAAGUGAGCACGUUGCUUUUUACAGGCGACAGAUUCAGGGUCCAAACUUGCAGCAUCGAGCCCUUCUGGACACGAUGGUGCUCACGGAGAAAGGAGCUCGUUUUGAACUGUUGGAACCUGACAAACAGACCAGGCUGCUGCUUUCUAUGUCACCAUCCAAACGUGACACUGUGAGGAUAUUAAUAGAUGAACUCCGGCCCGUUAAGGCACGAUACCGAGUUCCAGAUGUGGUAACUGAAGAGCCGCAGUGUGAACAGUUGAGAGUCGACAGACGGACCAACGACUCCGUCACUCUUACUUGGUCUUCGGGGCGUCACCGGGUCCGUGUCUGGCAUUUUCCUUUCCGACUGGAGAUCCUGUGUGAGAACGAGGUGUUGGUUACGUUCAACGCUAAAAGCAAACUGUGGUUCGAGACGCUGCAGGAUCCUCCCAGUGAGCUGCAGGACGACUCAUUAUGGAAGGAGACGUUCAGGCAGUUUGUGGAUCUCAAGGCCAACGGUCCAAGCAGCGUCGGAGCAGACCUCCGUCUCCAUGGAUUCAGACACGUUUACGGCCUGCCGGAGCAUUCAGACGACCUGCAGCUCAGAGACACGCGAGGCGGCGAACCUUACCGGCUGUACAACUUAGAUGUGUUUGCCUACGACCUGUUCAGUCGCCUCGGCCUGUACGGAUCCGUACCGCUGAUGGUGGCCCACAAACCGGACAGGACUCUGGGAGUAUUCUGGCUGAACGCAUCCGAGACUUUUGUAAACGUACAAUAUUUCCCCACUGAGCAGCAGGAUGAUCAAUCCCCGCUGGUGCGAAGGAGGAAGGUCGAGCCUCAGACCGACGUCCGCUGGCUGUCGGAGAGCGGCGUCAUCGACUGCACGGUUCUGCUCGGCCCAAAUCCUCAGCAGCUCUUCGGACAGUACGCUCAGCUGACAGGAUUCCAGGCCCUGCCUCCUCUGUUCGCUCUGGGGUACCACCAGAGCCGCUGGAACUACGACGACGAGGCCGACGUGAAGGCCGUGGACGCCGGAUUCGAUCGCCACGACAUCCCGUACGACGUCAUCUGGCUGGACAUCGAGCACACGGACGGGAAGCGGUACUUCACCUGGGACCCCGUUCAUUUUCCCCAACCGGCGCGACUGCAGCUUCACCUGGAGAAGAAGAAGAGGAAGUUGGUGGUGAUAAGUGACCCCCACAUCAAGCUCGAUCCUGAUUGGUCGUUCUACUGUGAGGCGAGAGACGGAGGGCAUUUUGUUAAAGACAGAGAUGGACAGAUUUAUAAAGGAACAUGCUGGCCUGGUGAGUCUUCUUACCUCGAUUUCAGCAGCCCAGCCACCCGAGCCUGGUACUCCAGCUGCUUCAGCUUGGACAAAUACAAGGGGUCGACGUCGUCCCUGUUUGUGUGGAACGACAUGAACGAACCGUCUGUAUUCAACGGACCGGAGCAGACGAUGCCCAAGGACGCAGUGCAUUGUGGGGGCUGGGAGCACCGCGAUUUACACAACCUGUACGGCUUCUACCAGCACAUGGCCACUGUGGACGGUCUGAUAACUCGAUCUGGAGGCUCAGAGAGACCGUUUGUCCUUUCACGCUCCUUCUUCGCCGGCUCACAGAGAUUUGGAGCGAUAUGGACGGGCGACAACGUGGCCAGCUGGGAGUACCUGAAGAUCUCCGUUCCAAUGCUGCUGUCUCUGAGCUUGGCUGGAAUAGCUUUUUGUGGAGCCGAUGUUGGAGGGUUCUUUCAGGAUCCGGAGCCGGAGUUGUUGGUCCGUUGGUACCAGGCAGCCGCCCUGCAGCCGUUUUUCCGAGGUCACUCGGCGAAGAUGAUGAAGCGCCGGGAGCCCUGGCUGUUUGGGGAAGAAGUCACGGCUGCGAUCCGCACUGCAAUCCAACAACGGUACUGCUUGCUGCCAUACUGGUACUCACUGUUCCACCAGGCUCACACCUGCGGUUUACCUCCACUCAGACCUCUGUGGGUGGAGUUCCCGAGAGAACAGAACACCUUCAGCGUGGACCACCAGUACAUGAUAGGAGGAGCGCUGCUGGUUUGUCCUGUGACCGAACCGGGUGUCCAAGAAGUCCAAGUUUUACUUCCUGGAUCUGGUGAGAUUUGGUAUGACGUUGAUUCUGCAGAGGCGACCAGAGGAGGAAGGACUCUCAGUCUUCCCGUCACUCUGAACACAGUUCCAGUGUUCCAGCGCGGCGGAUCGGUGAUCUGCAGAUCAGUAGGAAGUUUCUCCUGCACAGCUGACCUCCAGCUGCUCCCCCUCUCCAUCACUGUGGCUCUAAACUGUGAGGGCGGCGCUGCUGGCCAGUUGUACCUGGACGACUUCCACUCCUUCAGAUACCGAGACACAAAGUCCUUCUGUCUGCGCAGGUUCGACAUGCUGUCCGGCCGGCUGCUCUGCCGUGCUGCCGGUGAAGAAGGAACAUUUGACUGUGACCUUGUGGUUCAGUCGGUCACAGUUCUGGGAAUAAAGAGCAAACCAUCCUCUGUGACUGUUCAUGUGUCAGGUGUGAAGGACUCCUCAGCUGUAUUUGAGCACAUAGAAACCUGCUGCAUGUUGACGGUGAGCAGCCUGAACCUCAGAGUGACGACAGACUGGGAGAUGCUGAUCAGUUAACUGGGAACACGUCAGUCACUGGUUUCGUUUCCGUCUGGUUAUUUUAUUCAUGUGAAGAGAAUGUUGGGAGAAAUCUAAACUAAUUGCACUGAUUGGAAAGUCCAGUAUUUAACUGAUCAGACUUAAUUAAGACAGAUAAUUGUUGUUUGUACUGUUGACUUGUGCAAUCCCUCCUCAGAUUUAAGUUAUUUGUUUUUUGUUUUGGAACAGUGUAAUUUCUUUUUUUUUUAAAGUUUGGCAACUAAAUCCAGGUGUACAGGAACAAACCAGGUACAUUUUAAGAUUGUUUUUUUUCUGAUAAUAAAAAUGAACAGUUUUAAUUCUCUGAA